AAUGGGCUUAAGUCAUCGGAUUAAAGAGACUUUCAAAGUUUACUACCUUACGGCUGUCAUCAAUUUUGUGUAUUGAUCACCCGUUAAUGGUUGAAAUUGGAAGUUUAAAUGUUACUGUAGGUUAUUCACUAUCACAGUGAAAUAUUAUUUAACAGUCGCGAUCAUAUUUGAACAGUAAAUACAAAAUGGUAUAAACAAAGAUUGGGAUAUUUAUUCGAUCAGAGUUGUAAACUUCCGUUGGAAAUAUGUUGUGAAAUAUGUGUUCUCUGUGAUAAAUUUUAUAUAUCUUAAAGGUUUACAGCAAAAGCGCAAUUUUAUGAAACCAUAGAGGUAUAUUAUAAGCAUAAUGUAAUCUGUGUACACAAUAAUAAUAUUCAAGGAAGGGAAGAGUGUGCUUUACUGUGUUAAACCGGAAGUAGCGUGCUUGAUUCACCAUGUCUGGCCCGGAAACCGAAAGUUCGGAUCGGCCGUAUACGGUGGGUUCGUUCCAGGCCAAACUUAAUCAAUUCGAGGAGUUGAUGAAGGAAAUCACCCUUCAAGACGUGGAGGCAACGCCGGAAGAGAAACGUCAGAUGAUCACAGAAAACCUUCGCUAUGACCAGUUCUGUGACGCUAUCCGGCAGCUGUUUGGUCCAGACAUCAAGAAUCACGAUCUCAAGGCUCUCUACAGGAAGAUCUCAACCAACCCCGAUGCCAAAGUGGACUGGAGUGAGUUGUUCGGGUACAUCCAGACGAGCGCGGAGGAGGCUGAAGAGAUAAUGGUGGGAGAAGAAGUCAGCAUCUUCACGGUCUCCAAGCGAAGAAGAGUCGGAGAGGCUGCUGGUGACAAGAAGCGACGAGAUACAGUGCAGUGUCUACGAUACGUCCCCACCCUGGAUGGCUACAUCUCCUGCUCACAAAAGGGUGCACUGGCAAUCUGGUCCAACAAGUUGAGGCUCCAGUCUUGUAUUGACAUCAACAUUGGACCAAGGCAAUUUAGGGAAGCGGCGUGGGUGACCGGUUGUGAUUACCUACCAAGCAUUCGCAGAGCGUCAUGUUGUACCGAGCGAUCGAUUGUGAUUUGGGACAACAGGUCGAAGGGCAAAAAUCAGCACGUGUUUGCCAUCAAACCAUUCGACAACUCGCCACAAUGCAUGGUGAGUGUCCCAAAGACCGGGGCUAUCCACGAGGACCGGAUAUUGUUCGGAGACGACCAGGGCUACAUCAACAUUCUCACUGUAGCCGCUAAGGAUCUCACCAUGAAGAACUCUAAAGGCGGGGAAAAGAAGCCGGCCAAGGAUCAGAAUGUUUUACACGUCAUAGAACCAAACAGGCUGUCCGUACCUUUGGUAAAGAGAAAGGUCCAUGACGAUUGGGUGACUUGUGUAAAAUACUUCCCAGAAUUGCAUUGUUUUGCAUCUUGCUCGCCAAGCAGUAAAACGUCAUUUGUUCUUGAAGAAAUAGACAGAAUUCACGACCAGCAGGAGUUGCGGGGCGUUUCUAUACCAAAGGGCGUUAACACAUUUGACUACUGUGUCAAGGCUAAUAUUAUUGCCACAGGGGGCGUGGACAAGGUCAUCCGAGUCUGGCACCCACACAUCUUCUCCAGACCAACUGGAAAGCUAUUGGGCCAUCUGUUCACUAUAGUAGACAUUUGCUGCAAUGAACGGGACCAACACAUUAUCAGUCUUUCUACUGCACGAGUUUUCCGAGUCUGGGAUAUCCACACAUUGACUAGUCUACAGGUUUUCACUGACAACGAAGAGAGGCCGGGCGAGAAGCGGAUAUACUCCAUGUUGUUCGACAACAAACACGAGCGUCUCCUCACCGGAAGUAGCGUAAUUGAUUCCUGGCCGCUCACACGCGCUGUUCAAGACACCAUGCAAGUUCCACAUACACACGACAGGCCAUUAAGUCAGCUGCUACUCAACAAGGACCUGGGUCAGGUGGUCACAGUGUGUACAGAGGCGGUGCUCAAGGUUUGGGAGAUGGAAAGCGGCAAGCUGGUGUAUACAAUUCCAGAGGCCCAUAAAAGCAGUGUGGAGAUCACCGCCCUCACCCUUGACUCCUCGGGGUACAGACUUGCCAGCGGAGCAUUCGAUGGUUCCCUAAAGAUCUGGGAUUUCGGAUCAGGCCAGUGUAUAAAAGAGAAGAGUGGCCGGGCCUCUGAGGAAGACCUUAGUAUUGUGGGACUCCUGUACUCCAAGCUUGACGAUGAUCGCGUACUCAUAGCAGCCGGAUGGAAUAACAAACUGAAAAUACUCUUGGACACUAACGAGAAUUACGACUUGCCAGUCAUCAGGGAAUUCAAUGAUAUUUAUUACUACACACAAGACGUGGCGUUCACUUCCGCCUCGCCGACCCCAUUUGACCCCUUCCGAGGGGACCCACUUCCGGAUAUCGCCACUGAAAACAGGAGUGGCUCCCGGCAUGGCUCAAACGCUGCAGCGAGUCAGAAAAGUGGGGACGAGGGCACUGCAAGUCGACAACCGACGACUGUCAGAGGCUUGUCCAAUCAUCAAAUGUCGAAUCUUUUUAAGAAGGAGUAUUUGCUCACGACGCACGAGGUCUCGUCCAUGGUUCCCUUCGGCACCAACUUCCUGCUUACGGGCUGUACCAAUGGCAACAUCAUUCAAUGGGACAUUGACAAAUCCUGUGUAGACAAAAUUUUCCAGUUACCGGAAGGAGAUCAGCCGGCUAUAAACUCCCGUCAACAGAGCCGGCACGGGAAGGAGAAGCGGAUACACAGCAUCCAAAUACUCGUGCACAAAACACGAAGGCUGGAUCCCGCAUUUCUACCGAAGGAGCCGUCGUUUAUGGAGAGCGUCAAGGUUCCGGCGGAAGGGGAAGAGGCGGGUGCCGCCACCAACAGAAGCACUUCCGGGACACCUGAAUCGCAAGAUGAGGAGCGGGCGAAACAUGAGAAAGACGGUUCUGAGAAAGAAGAUGAAGAAAAGGACAAGAAAGAGGACCAGGAAGAGCAUUCGGAGGGUGGGUCCGAUGACGAAGAGAAAAAGGACGAAGAAAAGAGCGUGCACGAGGAAGACGAGGACCCGGAAGUAGUUCGUGAGCGGCACGACGCCGCCCGCUAUAUCGUGGAGACCUACGACCCGAUCAUCGUCACCGUCCACCAGGACUCUUACAUCAGGUUUUGGAAUACGGACGGACACGUGCUGCGUGAGAUUACGGCCGUCACGCGCCGCACCGGAACCGCCGUUACUGCUGUUUGCGCUGAUCCUGACUGCAAUAUAAUGGUCACCGGCGAUCAUAAGGGGUACUUGACGCUCUGGGACAUCGGAAAAUUUCUGAGAAAUCCGGAGAGUGAGGAGGCCGACCUUGUUAAACAAGUUGUCUGUUGGCGAGCCCAUCUUACCAAGGUUGUGUCCUUGACCUUUGUGGACUCGGUGAAGGGCAUACUGUCCGCUUCUACCGAUGGAUCUGCAAGAGUGUGGUGGGGCCGGAAGGGACGAUUUGUAGGAUUUUUCGGCCAGCACCGACAGUUUACUUUCCCAACCUCGGAGGAGAAGGCAGGGGCCCCAAGCUUGCCAUAUGAUAUCACAGAGGGACCGCUUUCCCCAGUAAAAACCAAGAGUGCUAUACAGAAGAUACGGCCUGUGCAGAAGUACGAGUACCCGCUCAUCUUCGUCGAGGAAAAAUGGCAGCCAUUCAAGAGAUCAGCUUACCUGAAAGCAGGCCAGGACAAGAAACGCACACUCGACCCGCAGGACAAGAAGUUCUUCGAAGCUCUUAUAAAGCCGAAGGCUUACAACUAUCACUUAGAAGGGGUGGCACCGGGCCGAAAGAGGGACGGGGCCGUUUUUAGAGCGCUUCCAGUGUAUAGGGUUCGGACACCGGAAAGACCCAAAACUCCUCCAAUGACCUUGACCUUUCGUAGCACGGCAGACGAAUCUGAUGCCCCUAAACCUAAGAUAAAAUUCGCCUAGAAAAGUAGUCAGGAUCAGCGAGGCGGAACGACCAAGUAACACGUGUGCGUGGCUUAUCAGUUGUUUGAUAUUCUGACAGUUAUAAUUGAUUGAACUUUUGCCAGCUUAAAUUGCAAUUGUUUGUGUUUGUAUUAUUUGUAUGAGAGUUAUCUUAUUUACGUAAAAAGAUAUACGUGAGAUAGUAAAAAGCAAAACGUUUUUGAAUAACUCGUUGUCAAGUCAUGUUUAUAGUUGACCAAAAAGCAAAUGAUAGCCGUAAAACAGACAUUCUUUGUGCAUACCUUAGCCAGGCUGACAAGUGACGUAACAAUUCAUAUGUAAAUUGCCAGCUAGUAAUCGAGUGGAUGAUUUCACAAUAGAAUAACGUAACUGAAAAAUAUCGUAAAAAUUGGCUACUUUGCAUAUGAAUACACGUUAACUAAACUAUUCAAUGUGUUAGGUACAUUAAAACAUUCAGUUUGUCGUAAGCACCCAGCAUGCCAACCCUGUGUUUAUUUAACUGUUUAAUUGAUAUUGUAUGAUUCCUCAUUUACUAUUUAUUUUGAUCUGACUGUAUGUAUUAUUAAUUUUGAUGCAUUUUAAAUGUUUUACAUUUAUUCUAAUUUGAUAGUAAGCGUAAGUUAUUCGUGAGAAUCCUCCCAUACCCAAGUGUGACCUUGCUAGCGGUUUUGCUAACUAGAAAUUAGCUAACCAUAUCUCACCAUUCUUUUUUUCCAGCAGUUUUUUUAAUUGUAGAAAAUAGUUGUUUAAAUAAUUUUACAUAUACAUGUUCGAAUAAAGUGUUUAAACCCAUCAACUUGAAAAUCACUAUUUUGAAUACGGAUGAGUAAAUUUAUUAAUUGUCUUUUUGUGGCAUACGAAGGCGUAUCAAGAACAUUUUUAACAAUGGUAGAUGCUUUAUGGUAUGGAUUAAGACAUCUUUGUCAAAAUUAACAACUCGUUUAUGAAUUUUGUUGGUUUUUAGUCGUCUCAUAGUUCAAUUAUAAGUUCUCUUCUCUUUUAAAGUUUUCAGUGCGACGGCGGAAGUCCAUGUUCGGAAAGUCGAGUUCCGUUGGCCGCGAAUCUAUGUUGAGCUACACCACCGCCGCCACCACACCUAUGCUGCCACCAAUAGUUGCCGCACCUUCGUCGCCAAGGCAAUGACGUCA